UGCAGAUCAACCUAUAGCAGUAACUGUUUGGAGCUGGUGUGAAGAGCCAGAUAAAGAAUGGGUGGGAGGCCUCCAGAGAAUUUGCCUUUGCUGCCUGGAGAUGAUCCUCGAGCCAUGGGGGAAACACAGAAAGAAGACAAGCUGCACAGGCCCCACUCCAAUAGGAGUGAGGGUCAGGGAGAAGACACUAUCUGCAACCAGGCUCCGCCCGUAGAUACUGAGAGCAGCAUGCAGCCUGCCAGAGAGGAUGUGGGCCAGGGAGAAGAUGGCACCAGCUGUUAUUGGAGUCUUUCUGUAGCAUCCGAGCAACAGCCCAAAGCCCCGCCUGUGCAGCCGAAGGUCCUACAGAAGAAGGAUGACGCCCAUGUCCUGCGCUUGCUGCUGCAUCAGAGGGACCUGGAAAUCCAGGGGCUGAGAUGCGCCGCUCAGAAGGAGCCAGCGGCCCGGCUCUCCUUCAUUUUGCAGGAGCUAGUGAGCAUGAGGCAGAGAGUGAGUGCAACCCCCACAAGAUAUCUCUGAACAUGGUUUGGAAUUGGAGAGAAGUGUAAUGAUCUUGUGGGUUUCUGUAGGUACCAAACCAAAAGAGGCCAGCCAGAGCAUCUCCAAAAGGAAAUAGACAGACUGAGCUCUGAAUUGCAGGCUGAAAAGGAGCUCCAUAUGAGGGAGAUGCAGCUCUUGAAGGAGAAACUCUGCAAAUCAGAGCUGUUGGUGCAACAACUGUACAAAGAGAUCGCAAGGCUGGAGAAGUCACAGCCUGGGAGACCCGCCCAAGGCCUCAGAGAGCCACAGGAAACAGAGGCCAGUGUGAAGCGGGGUGAUAAACCAGAAACGGAGAGUUUCGAGCUUUGGUCAGAGAGAGGAAACAACAAUGUAGUGGCAGAACCUAGUAACAUGACACUGCGGAGGAUCCCCAAGCACACGAGCUUCCUGGAUUCAUUCUUCAAGGAUAGAGAUCCAGCAACACUUCAGAUGGAAAAGGACGACGGAAGAACCCAGAUAUCAGAAGUAGUUCAAACAGAAUUCAACCUCUAUGGCAUGUCCUCUACAGAGUUAGAGAGCAGAUGGAAAAUAAAUGAUCUUAGAAACUUUAGUUCAAGUCAAGAGCUGGGUAGUUUUCCUGCGAGAAUUGAGAGGAAAUUACAAUCAGAAAGUUCUUGGUGGGAGGCGAUCUCUUCUCCAAAAUCAGAUCUUGUUUCUGCACCAAGCAGGUCUGAAGUUGCGGUAUUGUUCCCCAGUCUCCCACUGUCCUGGGAGGCCAUCGAGCCCAAACACACUGGUUCUCUGGAUCUGAAGACGGACCAGUCCCAGGAUCUGUGCCGUCCCACUCAUGCCGGUCUUGGUGGGAUAGGAGUUUGCAAGACAUCUGUGAUGCCCUCAGAUCUGAGCAAAGGUGAAGAACAUGAAAGGGUUCCUGGGGACACAGGAUUCCUAAAGAUCACCACCGUGAAUUGUAAGGGCAAAUUCGUUCGAAUCCUCAACACCUCAUUGGACCAAGACGUGGACCUGAGUGGCUUCAUCAUCCAGCAGUGGAUUGGAGGGUACCCGGUGUCCAUCUACCGCUUCCCCCCAGACACCAUGCUGCCCGCACUGCAUCACGUCACGGUCUGGGCUGCAGGAGCUGAUUGCACCCAUAAAAAACCCGCUGACGUGACACUGAGGACCCAGCAGUAUUUCAGAACUGGCCCAGAAUGCACCACAGUCCUCAGCAAUGCAAAGGGCCAGACUCUGUCCAGGUACACAGCCCCUCACAGACUCACAGCGGCUGCAGACGCCUACACGGAUAACAUGGACCUUUCGGUGGACAAGUUCCCACUCACUGGAGACGGGGAGGAAGCAGAAGAACCUCAGCCCCAGAAGGAUCAGCACUGGGUCCCUGCAGUGCCACACAGAGGGAGCACAGGCAGGCCACCGGCUGUCCUGCAGAAGGCAAGGGACAGGAAGCACUUUCCUGUUGGCUCUUCAAACAGCAACAGUCGGGGAGAUCCUUCAAAGGGCGGCAAGAGGAAAAUCCAGCCUGCACCCAGAGAGACAGUUCACAAGACUGUCUCCUUCUCAGCCCAGAAUUUACCUGCCAUAUCAGUGGCAGUCAAGGAGAAACGCUCUUCAUCCAGCGAGGAGAAGGAGGAGGAAGAGGAGGAUUUUGCUCCUCAUGGAAGGCAGCCCCCAACUGCAGAGCCAAAACCCAGAGUUUUCAAGACAGCUCUGGAUACAACAAUUCCUACGGUGGCACUGAUAGGACAGAAGAGUGCUCGAUCUAAAUACGGCUUCAAGCACAUGGCUUAUCUACCUACCACUACUGACAUGCAGCUUAGGAGAUAUUGUCCUGCUAGAUGAUGCAUUGAUUAAUAGGUGACACAGGAAACUUGCACACGGGUUCUUAAAUACAUGCCAUGCUGCUCCAGUGAAUGUGCUGCCACUUGGCUUAUUUCAGCAAGGGGAGAAGAGUCAGUAAUGGGGGUGGGGGGGCUGUUUUGAGAGGAUGUGCUACCCGCAAGGCUGUUAUUUAUCACUUGAGAACUCCACAAAGAGCAAAGUCAGGACACUGUAGGAAAGAUAAUUGUAGAGUGGCCUUUGGUGGCUCCAGUUCCCACCCUUCCAGUCAGGAGGCCCAUGGUGAAGGCUAAGAGUAAGGUCUGCUGGUGAUGUGUUCCUCAUCUGACGACAGUAGAGUUACUGGGCAGGAGAGAAGGUCUCUAUAACUGAGAUGAAUGACGACAAAGGUCAGAAAUGGAAGGGAUUGCUCCCACUGAGCCCACGAAGGCACUUCCCAAAUGUCUUACUCUACUCAUGUACAAUGGUCCCUGUUAACUUACCAGUCCAUGGACAAAAACAUUACUGAUCAUUUCUCCCUGUCCCCCACCACAGGAAUACAGUGGAGAGGCCCCUUGCAUGAUAAUGGUACAGAACCAAGCCUUUGUUUUCCUGGAAAAGAUCCCAUAGCCAUUUGCAGAAGUGGCUUCUAAAUCGGUGACCAGUUUCUGUGCAGAUCAGGCAGACAAACCCAGUUGCCUGAUUUGCAAGCCCAAACCCCAUUUAUGCAUGAGAAUGUAGGAUUCUGCACAUACAAAGUCACAAGCACAAAUUGAGAGAGUAGUUAGGGGCCAUUUGGAGCAGGUGGUCCUAAAUACCACUCACUUUUACAAUAGUUUUUAUAAGCAGGGCCUGAUUUUCACAAGUGUUGAGCAUCUGCAACUCCUACUGACUUCACCCAGGAGUGUGAGUGCGCAGCACUUCUGAAAAUCAGGCCCUAACAUUCUUCUCUCUUCUAUCCUAUUGAGCCACACUGUCCAUUUGUUUUGUUCAUGGUCAGUGACACUGGCAUAGAGUCAAUUUUAGAUGCCAGUUUAACUACACAAGCACUUUGUUGGGCGAUGACUGCCUGGAAAUCCCUCCAACACUCAUAUGAUUUUGGGGAACUGCUUGCCAUUCAAUACUUAUUGUAUCUGAUCGAUGGUUCUUUCUUAUGCCCACUGAGAGAAUGCGAACUUGGCUUCUGCUCACAACUAUUUUGUAAGAGGAAUGGGUAUCAGAGCAGUGGGACCAAGUUGAAGGAUUUGGGCUCUAUGGUACAGCCUAUUCCUUUCGUUUAUAUUAGCAGUGAGGCAAAGGCAACAAACUAUGCAAGGGCUGAUUGCAUAAUUUAAUGUAUUAUAAACUGUUUCCCAGAAAAUAUCUGUAACAUAUUAAUUUGAAGGUAGAAAAAAAUAUAAGAUUUUCUGAUGCUUGGUUUGAGAACACCUGACAUUGCUCAGAUCAUACACCGCAGUCCUUCUUACCUAUAUCACAGUGUGCAAUCAUUUAGAGCAGCUCAUAGUGCUUUACACCUUACCCCAACAUAGAAUAAAUACCCUAUGGAAAACAAGAACUGCUCCUUCCCUACCCACUUCAUUGUUGCUGAUGAAUCACUUAAAAUAAUGAAGUCACAUGAAUUUGGAAAAUGUAACUGAUCUGAAAGAAUAAACAGGGAAUGUUUGAUUCUGCAUGUCUGUUUGCAUGUCACCCAUUUGCUCUGAAAUGUCAGGGUGACAAAGUUUUCUAGGGAGCCAGCUGGACCCAAUGAAACUUAUUUACAAAGGUCGCUGGGUGAAAUUCAGACUUGGGAUGUCUAGCCAUAGAACAGCAGUCCUGGGGACGUGCUGAGAGUUCCUUCAGAGCAGAGACACGGCAGACUGACACACUGAUGUUCCAAUGAGUUGCAUCUUCAGUAUUCCUUCCCAUAGCCAUAUAGCUGAGGGGAACAAUGAAAGAUUACAAACAGAUCGAAGUGGUAAAUGUCAGUGGGAGAAUGGAAAUUAGUGCUAAAAUCAGACAGACUUCCUGCAUGUUGGACUUCUGCUAUCCCAGGUGAGUAGGGAACACACACACAUCUGCAAU